AUGUCAUGUGCUAGGGACAGAGACAUGGUGAACCGGAUCCCGGAGACAGAUUCCGAGUGCCCGGCUACGACCCACACCCGACCUCAGACCUCUCCCACUCGGGACUCUGGACAAGUGAAUAGGAAUGGGACACAAAACAGGUCUCUAGUAUUCCUUUUGGCCUACAAGUUCUGCGUAAUUCUGUCGUCCAUAUCGGACAACAAGAGACGCUGUGAAACGAUGAACGAGAAGAGCAUCGCACCCGAUGCCACCAUCAGGCUGGCGAACCAGUUGAAGGGCCAAACGCUGGUGGUGCCCAACCUCCUCAAGGAGCACAUGGCCUCCUGGCCACAGGGAUUAAUAAACGAACACUACGAAAGACUACAGCACACCUACAGAACCGAAGCUGAUAAACGGCCAUAUGCCGGUCUCGUCAGUCACGUACACGACCUGAAAUACCGCCAGAAGCUCAAGGACAGCGACUUUGCCAUGUUCACCUCAAUAUGGUGGCCGACGGCAAAAUGGGAAAAUCUCUACAUCGGCGGCCUUCUGACCAUCUGGGCUUUCAUCUGGGAUGAUACCAUUGACAUGGCAGAACAGUCCCUUUCGGCGGAUUUCGGCCGUGCCUGUGCCCACCGCCGCCAGACCAUAGACUACAUUCGUUACCACCUCGACGUCGAGGAUGGCGACGACCUCGACUCUCAGAGCUUUUGGCAGCCGCGGGCUGUCGUCGGGAGACUUGCCAAAACUGUGAUUGACUGGCUCGGGUUCCGAGCCCUUCCGCCACCCUGCCCUGCCGGUGGUUGCGACAUCUUUCGCGAACUGGGAGAGAGACUGUGUGCGAGAUGGGACAAGGCAAAGAGGCAGCGGAUAUUCCGGGAACUGCGCAACUACAUCAUGUCGACUGAGCAGGAGCAACGAGAAAGACUCGAGGGCAUCAUGCCAACACUCGAGUCCUAUGUCGAGCAGCGCUUAUACACGACAGCGUUUCGAAAUUUUGCAAUCGUUGGCUCUCUAUGCGUUGAAACGGACAUCCCUGCCGACAUAUUCAACUCCCCAGAGAUGGAGGUGGUACUCCAAGAGGGCAACUGGAUCAUCAUCAUCGUGAACGAUCUACUAUCUCUGAAGAAAGAAAUGGCAACGAACUGCAUGGGCAGCUUGAUCCCGGUCCUGUACAACCACCAUUACCAUCGCCUCAGCCAGCAGCAAAAAGAAGAUCCCAAUCUGCUGGACAAGAUCGUGUCCAAGUUGAAUGCCGAGCUCGCCGCGUCUGUCAUGCGUCUGGACCGGGCAGAGCAGAGUUUGCUGCAGAUAGUGGAGAGUGGCAGCAACAAGAGGACUCCUGGCGAGGUUGUCAAGUUGAGACAGGACAUCAAGACCUAUGUGGACAUGAUCCGACGAACCGACACCGGGACCUGGGAAUACUCGUGA